AUGGCGAGACACCCCGUCAUCAACCAGGCGCUGAAGAAGCCAACUCCCAAUCAUGGCACGCAACAGGCUCAGGCGGCGCCACUGGUACACAAUGGGAGGCCAGUGGAGCAGUUGGAUAUGAAGGCAGAGCGCGACGCCGUCUUCUCAGCGCUGAAGAGCUCUGGGAAGCAGGCCCACGCGACGAGUGACUUCUGCACCACGAGGCGACUGCGCGACGUGCUCACGGCCGGCUGCCGUAUACUUCAUUGCUCUGGGCACGGCUUCUCGUACCUGGAUCAGUCGGGCAGGCAGCAGUCUCGUCUUGCCUUCGAGGAUGGCGAGGGCGGCACGCACGCCCUCGAGGUGAGCAACCUGCUCGCGCUCAUCUGGGCGGGCGCCGAGGGGGACGAGCGGCCGCCGCUCGACCUCGCCUUCGUCUCCGCCUGCCAUGGUGGCCCGUACGGGGAGGCGUUCGCGGCCGCCGGAGUGCCACACGUCGUGGCGGUGAGAAGACAGGAGCAGCUGCAGGACAAGGCGGCCUGCCUCUUCGCUGAGCAGUUCUACCACGCGCUCUUCAUGGGGAGGAGCGUGAAGCAGGCCUUCACCAUCGGCAAGCAGGCCGUCGCCAACCAGCCUCACAUCGUGCGGCCGGGUGAGGAGGCGCACAAGUUCAUGCUGCUGCCUGUCGAUGGGGACCACUCCGAGGUGCUACUCCGCAACUUGCCACCGGGGCAGCUCAAGUGGGUGUCGCCGCCGCGCUGCGCUCACAACCUUCCCGCCUUUCGGCCGCUCCAAUUCAUCGGCCGGCAGGUCGAGUGGCAGCGCCUUGUCGCCGCCGCGUGCGGCAGCCAGAAGCGGCUACUCCACCUGAUUGGCGAGGCUGGCACGGGGAAGACCUCCCUUACCCUCGCCGCGGCGCACUACGUGCUCGAGCGUGGCACCUUCGCCGGCGGCAUCCUCUACGUUUCUGCCGCCGGUGCCACCUCUAUCGCAGCGCUGAGCCGCCUCAUCGUGGCGGCUGUGGCCGAGGCUAAUCGCGGCAGUGGGCGAGCGGGCGAGGAGGACGAGCCGACUGGAUCGAGCAAUGACGAGCUGCCCUUUGCGCUGCUGCGGCACCGUGGGGCGUGUCUGCUGAUCAUUGACGAGUGGACGAUGCCUUGCGACAGCACGGUGCUGUCGAGCGCGCUGUGGGUGCGCGCCCUCGGAAGCCUGCUAGAGCGCGCGCCCGACCUGCGGGUGCUGCUCUCGGGCACCCACUCCCUCGCUCUCCCCGGUGUCGCGCGGCUCGAGCUCGGGCUGAUGGCAAUGCCCGACGGGGACGUGGCGCGGCUCUUCAAGGAGCUAUCUCCGCGCGCGAUCACACGAUCUGAGCUCGGGUGCGACGAGCCCGCGGCGCUCAAGGCGGAGAUCGUCUCCUUGCUGCGGCGUCUCGGCCGGACCGGCUCACCGCUGGAGCGCUUUACGGUGCUCCAUGACGCGGGUGCCACAGAUGGCUCCCUGCCGCUCCGUGUGCAGUGGGCGGUACAAGAUGCUGAAGCUGCGGCGGCUCUCCGCUCCGAGCUCUCCUCGGAAAAGUCGCUCCUUCACUUCGAGCAGCCGCCGCCAGAGACCUCCGACCGGCACCUCGUGUGGGGCUACCUCUCCCUCACGAAGGUGCUCGCGAAGCACCCCGUCAUCGCCGCAUUGCGUGGAAGCCCCAAGGCCACCGCGCUUGCUGUCGGCUUGCUAGCGCCGUCCUUGGGCAGUGGCCGCUCUCUUGCAGAUCUGGCGGGUCUGCUCUCCGCCCUGGUGAUCGACGACCCCGCGGGCCUUAUCGACGAGUUGGGGCGGGUAUCGUCCCGCGAGCAGUUUGACCGGCCACGUGUGCACGCACGAGAGUGGCUGUGCGUGUGA